AAUAAACCCCCAAAUCCCAAUGCCAAUCACAAACCCCAAUCCCUGAUUCCCUUCCCUUGCUUCCUCUUCCUCCGCCCUCCGCUCCUAUACCACCAAUCUUUCUUUCUGCAAAAGUUACCACUUUUUGAUUGGAACACACUGGGUUUUAAGGAGCAGGGUUCAGGUAUCAAGCAUAUAUUAGGCUUAUGGAUUCUCUAAUUGAUCAAUCUGGGAGAAGAGAAAAAUUAAGCUUAAACUGGGAGGAUGCGUUUCAUUUGUAUGAGCAUUCAAUUGCAUGUGAGAAUGAGGUUUUACGGGUUCAAGCCACAAUUAAGCUUGCUCGGAUGUCCAAACAUGCACCCGAGACUAUAUUGGAGCGCUCAGUCCCUAUCCUUGUAGAGUUGCUUACGAGCCCCAUCUCUGAUCUAAAUCCUUCGAUUCAUGAAGCCUCUGCUUACUGCCUAAAAUGUAUUGCUUGUGAAUAUGAAGGUAGAUUGGCCCUACUUAUUGGUGAAUCCGGUGCCGUUCCUUCUAUAUUGAGAUUAUUAUCGCAUUCUGGAGGGAGUUUGCAGAGAAUGUUAUUAAAAUGCCUCAGGAAUAUUGUUACAUUUGCUGAGCGUAACCGUAUAAUCGUGUUUAGAAGUGGCGGGCUGGAAAUUGUUGUCAGUAUGUUGAAUGCCUGUCCCGAUGGUAUGAAAACGUACUUGUUGGAAAUAUUGAGUGCGUUGGCUCUUUCUAGAGAGGUAAGGAGACGGGCUAUUUUCACUUCGGGUGGUGUGCGGUUUCUGAUUGAAUCUGCGGGGAGAGGAAGAAUGAUAUCUAGGUGCCGGGCAGCUCAGGCAAUUGGGUUACUCGGAUUAGUAAAGAGCGCAAGGCCUACCCUCGUAGCCUCGGGUGCCAUACAAGUGCUUCUGGAAUUACUUCAGGUAGGAGACACCUCGACAAAAUUGGUAGCGGGUAAUGCCCUCGGUGUCAUUUCAUCCCAUGUUGAUUAUAUUAGGCCCGUAGCUCAAGCCGGGGCGAUUCCUUUGUAUGUCGAGCUUCUCCAGGGACCUGAACCCAUGGGGAAGGAGAUAGCGGAGGACGUGUUUUGCAUCUUAGCGAUUGUCGAAGAAAACGCCGUUGUAAUCGCCGAACACUUGGUUAGAAUCCUACGAGGAGAUAACGGGGGAGCUAAAGCCGCUGCUGCUGACGUGUUGUGGGAUCUCUCCGGGUACAAACAUUUGCAACAUAUUCUUCGUAACUCAAACGCGAUCCCCAUUCUCGUGGAGCUUUUGCAAGAUCAAAACGUCGAUGUAAGGGAAAAGGUCUCCGGGGCCAUUGCCCAGUUGAGUUAUAACGAAGCGGAUAGAGUUGCUCUCGCUGAUUCGGGAGCAAUUCCUCCUCUAAUUAAUAUGCUGCAAGAUGAAUUGGAGGAUUUGCGAGAUAAUGCUGCAGAAGCUCUCGUUAACUUCUCGGAGGAUCCGUUACUGCGUGAUAGAAUAUCGAGCGUCGUGGAUAGUCCUGCAUUCCACAGUAUGCAGGAUCGGUUGAUGCAAAUUCGCGCCUCGGAUGCACACGUUGCUUCGUCUUUAAGGAAUAUUAGUAUCGAGCACCUGACUGGUGACCCUUCUCUUCCCUGAACUUUGUUUACGGAUUAGUAUAUACAUAUUCCCAGCAUUA